AUGACGGAAUGCAUUUCAUUUGUUAAAAAUGAACCACGCAUCAAUAUUGGAAACGACAAUAGAUCAUUUACUUUUGAUUUUGUAUAUCCUCCAAUGUCAACACAAAAGGAAAUUUAUAAUUCUAGCAUCAUUCCACUUAUAGAUCGUUUCAUUGAGGGACAAACUGGGUCUGGGAAGACUUACAGUAUGGGUACAGGUUUAGAAGCAAUAUGUUCAAACCCAGAUAAACAAGGUAUAAUACCUCGUUUUACAGAAACAAUUUUUAAUAGAAUGACUCAGAUUAAAGACGAAUCACCAUCAAAUGAUUUUCAAAUUUAUGUAUCCUAUAUUGAGUUGUAUAAUGAAGAUAUAAAUGAUCUUUUGCUUACAUCUGAAUCAAAUAUCUCGGGCCAAGACAAUAAUCCUCCAACAAUAAGAGAAGAUACAGAAGGAAAUAUUGUUUGGUCUGGCAUUAAUGAAAAAAGAGUAUAUACUAAGAAUGAUAUAUUAAGAUUAUUACAGAAAGGAUCUCAAAGAAGAACGACAGGAUCAACCAAGAUGAAUAUGUCAUCUUCACGUUCCCAUGCUAUAUUUUCAAUUUUGCUUAAACAACAGAUAAUGGAAAAUAAUGAUAUACAAACAAACAAUCAUUUAUUAAACGAUGAAAAUUCAAUAAUUCCUGAAAGACUCGUAUCAUUUAAUAGUAAACAUUUAGUAUCAAAAUUCCAUUUUGUUGAUUUAGCAGGUUCAGAAAGACUAAAAAGGACCAAUGCUAUAGGUGAUCGACAAAAAGAAGGUAUUUUUAUUAAUGGAGGACUACUUGCAUUAGGAAAUGUGAUUUCAGCUUUGAGUGAUGAAUCAAACAGUAAAAGAGGAUCUCAACAUGUUCCUUAUCGUGAUAGUAAGCUAACACGUUUGUUACAAGAUAGUUUAGGAGGCAAUAGCCAUACACUCAUGUUAGCAUGUAUCAGUUCUUCUAGUUCGGAUUAUAUGGAAACAUUAAAUACGCUGAAAUACGCAAGUCGUGCGUGUCAUAUUCAUAAUAAAGUUCGUAUUAACCUUGAUCAUCAAGGAAUCCCACUUUCUGCGAAAUCAAGUGUCUCGGCUUAA